AUGUCGACGGCGGCUCAGAAAGCGUCAGCAAAUGCGCUGUUCUCCUUUGUAUCAUUGGAAGCAGCUGCUACACGCGCUACUGCACGCGAUGUAGCUGCUAAAAUCCAGCAGGAGAUUGCAUUAACGCGCAAUUACGAUGCCUCUCGCACGUCUCUGCUCACACAGUGGGCCGAUAUUCAAGCGACCUUGUCGACAUCCAAAGCGGCACGCGAAUUGGCCGAUGUUGAAUUACUGCUGCGCAGUAAGCGAAAACACACAGCGCUCAUGGAGAUGUACAAUCCACUGUAUGGCAUGUCGGAGCAGGACCGUAUUCGUGCGACGGCACGUACAGUGGGCCUUGAGGUCCCCGUCGACCAGGUUCAUGACUAG